UUCAUGUCCAUUCACCCCGGACCCUGAGAGCUCAAUACAUUGGCGAUAGGGAGCUAAUUGCUAGAAAGAAAGGGCGAACCGUCCAAUUGCCAUAUAAUCUCACUCCUUACUUGUCUGUGCAUUGUCCGAUAGCCUGCAUGAACCACAACGGGAGCUAGCUGAUACCUUCGCGCAAAAUGCGUCUUCCUUGUCUGCUUCGACUUUUCUUUGCAAUAGUUCUGCUAUUGGUUCCAUUAGUACUAUGCGCAUCUGAUUACUACAAAGUGCUAGGUCUGGACAAGUCAGCGUCGGAGAGGGAUAUCAAGAAAGCUUAUCGGACGUUGAGCAAGAAGUUUCACCCGGAUAAGAACCCAGGCGAUGAGUCGGCUCGCGAGAAGUUCGGCGGAAUAGCAGAAGCCUACGAGGUUCUAUCCAGCCCCACGACGCGGAAGAUCUACGACCAAUACGGACACGAGGGUAUCGCACAGCACCGCCAAGGCGGCGCGGCAGGUCAACCGGCGCACGACCCGUUCGACUUGUUCUCGCGGUUCUUCGGCGGCGGAGGCCAUUUCGGUCAUGCACCAGGCCAUCGGAGGGGACCCGAUAUGGAGCUUCGUCUGGGGAUACCGUUGCGCGAUUUCUAUAAUGGGCGGGAUGUGCAGUUCUCGAUUGACAAGCAGCAAAUCUGCGAGGCGUGUGAGGGCACGGGCUCAGCAGAUCGACAUGUCGUCACAUGCGACAAAUGCAGUGGGCGGGGAAUGAUCGUCCAGAAACAUCAAUUGGCGCCAGGAAUGUUCCAGCAGAUCCAGAUGAUGUGCGACAAAUGCGGAGGACAGGGGAAGACGAUCAAGAAGCCAUGUCCCGUGUGUCACGGACAUCGGGUAGUGCGGAGAGAAGUUGAAAUGUACGUGACCAUCGAACCAGGUAUGGACCAGGGAACUCGGAUUACGUACGAGAACGAAGCGGACGAAAGCCCUGACUGGGUUGCGGGCGACCUGAUAUUCAUCCUGGAGGAGAAACAGCCAGAACUGGGUGUCAACGAUGACGAGCGAACAGAUGGCACGUUCUUCCGUCGUCGGGGCAAGGAUCUAUUCUGGAAAGAGACGCUUUCGCUUCGCGAGGCCUGGAUGGGUGACUGGACACGCAACCUGACACAUUUAGACGGGCAUGUGGUCCAUCUGGGCCGGAAACGGGGCGAGGUCGUCCAGCCAUUGGCCGUAGAGACGGUCAAGGGGGAGGGCAUGCCCAUAUGGCGGGAUGGUCACAUGCACGAACAACACAGGAAUGAUGAGGAAGGCGAUGAAGACCACGGAAAUCUCUACGUGGAAUACAGGGUGGUUCUGCCGGAUCAGAUAGAACGAGGAAUGGAGAAGGAGUUCUGGGAGCUGUGGGAAAAGUGGCGGAAGAAGAAUGGCGUUGACCUGGCGCGGGAUAGCGGGAGGCCUGGAACAACGACUAAGCAUAAGGAUGAACUAUAAUUUAUGAGUCGAGGAUAGAUCGUUUUAUCGCAUGCUAAUAUUUAACGGUUGCUUCUCCAUUAGAAAAGGCAUAAUAUGAGGAACGAUCAGAAUAAAGUAAUUAGGGUUAUGCCAAGCGGUGUAGAUAAGGAUUAUCCGGC